AUGGCGAAGAAGAUUGGAGUGACGAUGGAAGUUGGGAACGAUGGUGUUGCUGUGAUCACCAUUUCGAAUCCUCCUGUUAACUCUUUGGCCAGCCCAAUUAUUUCUGGGUUGAAGGAGAAGUUUCACGCUGCAAAUCAAAGAAGUGAUGUUAAGGCCAUCGUCUUGACAGGGAAUGGUGGAAGGUUCUCGGGUGGUUUCGACAUCAAUGUUUUCCAGCAAGUUCAUAAGACUGGGGAUAUAUCGCUUAUGCCUGAGGUAUCCAUUGAUCUUGUCUGCAACCUUAUGGAAGACUCUAGGAAGCCCCUUGUUGCUGCAGUUGAAGGAUUAGCUCUUGGUGGUGGUUUAGAACUUGCAAUGGCAUGUCAUGCUCGAGUUGCUGCCCCGAAAGCUCAGCUAGGCUUACCAGAGCUUACACUUGGAGUUAUUCCAGGUUUUGGAGGAACGCAACGUCUUCCAAGAUUAGUAGGUCUUGCAAAAGCAACUGAUAUGAUUCUGCUUUCCAAGUCCAUAACGUCAGAGGAAGGGCAGAAGCUUGGUCUCGUUGAUGCUUUGGUGCCGUCUGGAGGUUUGUUGAGCACUUCCAGAAAAUGGGCUCUAGACAUUGCAGAUGGACACACUGCAAAGGCUCUUGUUCAUGUUUUCUUUGCACAGCGUGCAACAUCAAAGGUGCCUAAUGUAACCGACGCUGGAUUGAAACCGAGACCGAUGAAAAAAGUUGCAGUUAUUGGUGGAGGUCUGAUGGGUUCUGGCAUCGCUACCGCUCUCCUUCUAAGCAAUACAAGAGUUGUGCUCAAAGAAGUAAAUCCAGAAUACCUUCAGAAAGGACUAAAAUCAGUCGAAGCAAAUCUCAAAAGCUUAGUAUCUAGGGGAAAGCUGACACAAGACAAAGCAGGAAAGGCCCUCUCGUUGCUAAAGGGGGUACUCGAUUACGCAGAAUUCAAAGAUGUGGACAUGGUCAUAGAGGCAGUGAUUGAAAACAUUCAGCUAAAACAAAAGAUAUUCAAAGAAAUCGAAGAGAUCUGUCCACCACAUUGUAUUUUGGCGAGCAAUACAUCUACUAUCGACCUCAACGUAAUUGGGGAAAAAACUAACUCAAAAGAUAGCAUUGUUGGUGCACAUUUCUUCAGCCCGGCACAUAUUAUGACCCUUCUCGAGAUUGUUCGUACAGAGAAUACUUCUGCUCAGGUGAUUCUGGAUCUCAUGGCGCUUGGAAAGGCUAUAAAGAAAGUUCCAGUGGUGGUUGGAAACUGCAUAGGCUUUGCAGUGAACAGGACCUUCUUUCCGUAUACACAAGGUGCUCAUAUGUUGGUCAAUCUAGGUGUUGACUUGUUCAGAGUCGACAGCGUUAUUACCUCUUUUGGCAUGCCAUUGGGUCCUCUCCAGCUAGGUGAUCUGGCUGGACACGGGAUUGGAAUGGCUGUUAAGGAUAUAUAUGCCAAGGCCUAUGGUGACCGUAUAUUCAGGUCUCCAUUGACCGAGCUUCUGCUUAAGAGCGGGAGAAAUGGCAAAAUCAACGGGAGAGGAUACUAUAUUUACGAGAAGGGAAGCAAACCCAAACCUGAUCCAUCAGUUCUUUCAGUAGUUGAGGAAUCAAGGAAACUUACCAAUAUCAUGCCCGGUGGGAAGCCUAUAUCAGUAACUGAUAAAGAAAUUGUAGAGAUGAUCUUGUUCCCUGUGGUCAACGAGGCCUGCCGUGUCCUAGAUGAAGGAGUUGUGAUCCGAGCCUCAGACUUGGACGUUGCUUCUGUCCUUGGAAUGAGUUUUCCUUCUUACCGUGGGGGAAUUGUUUUCUGGGCAGACACGGUUGGACCUAAGUACAUAUAUGAAAGGCUCAAAAGAUUGUCCGAGACUUAUGGCGGCUUUUUCAAACCGUCAAGGUACCUGGAGGAAAGGGCAAUGAAUGGAAUGCUUCUGAGUGAACCUAAGGCUUCGAGAUCUCGAAUGUGAAUGGCACAAGAAGGGAGAGCUUAAAAAUAUUCUCAGCAAAGAAACGUUUGAAAUAAGUUUACGGAGAGGUUGAAAGUGUUAGUCAAUAAACUGAAAAUAAACCAGUCUCUCUUGUUACUUCAAAGCAACAGUUACUAAGCUGUUUUGUUUUAAACACUUGAUUAUUAUGUUCUUAAUAAAAUAUUUGUAGUGACUACUCCUUUCUCAUGUAUGCUCGAAUAGUUUAGAAAAUAAUGGAAUUAUGCAGGGCUGACUUUGUUUUCG